AUGUUCAAAAAGAAAACCGAAACGAACUCUCUCUACUCCAACACCAAGAAGAACUCUAACACGAAGAAAGGGAUCAGCAGAGGAGGUCCCCGAUAUGAGUAUCUGCUCAAUCACACUUUGGAUUUAGGAACAUAUGGGAGAAGCAAUCUAACCGAUGCACAGAAGAGGAGACAAAAGAGGGAGAGAUCGUGGACCCCUGAGCCUGAGCUGGACAACUUUGUGAAUUCUGAAGAAGGGAAGCUCACUGAUAAAUCCAUCUUCGGUAUGUUCUCCAAGAACAUCAAGAACAAGAAGAAGAACAUCAAGAAGAAUAACUCAUGCAAGAAAAAUCUGGAUCCCCAACGUUUGGGUGGAGAUGAUGGUGGGGAUGAGGAUGAUGGUGGAGAUGACCUUGGAGGAGGUGAUGUUGGCAAUGAUGCCCCUCUCAUUGGUGCAUGAGAGUAGAGCAAAAGACUGCCACUUGCUUUUGAAAAUUUCCAUGUUUUUUUUCUCUAAAACUUUGUUUGAAAACAUAUAUGUAACGUUGUUCAAUCAAUAU